GGAGUUGUUUUCGAUGCAGUGACUUAUACUACAAUACUUGCUCAUUGCACGGACCAUGAAGAGUUUCAUUUUGGAACUCAAUUGUACUCUCUUGUGCUUAAAUGUGGGUUGGAGUCCGAAGUUUUCAUUGGGAAUGCCCUAGUUACAAUGUAUUCAAAAUGGGGGCGAAUAGUGGAAGCUGAAAAAGUGUUUAGAGGAAUGCCCAAUAAAGAUAUAGUUUCGUGGAAUGCGAUGCUCUCAGGGUACACUCAGGAGGGAACUUAUGGAUUAGAAGCAAUUAGUGCUUUUAUUGAGAUGGUUAGCGAAGGAAUGAAGCUUGAUCAUGUUUCAUUUACUGGUGCAAUUUCAGCUUGUGGCCAUGAAAGAAACUUGGAGCUUGGGAGACAGAUACAUAGUUUGACUAUCAGAAGUGGAUAUGGAAUGCAUGUUUCAGUUUGUAAUGUUUUGAUUUCAAUGUAUUCUAAGUGUGAGGUUGUCCAAGAUGCACAAUUGGUCUUCAAAUUCAUGAUUGAUUGGAAUGUAGUCUCUUGGACAACAAUGCUGUCAAUAAAAGAAGACGACGCUAUGUCUCUAUUUAAUGAGAUGAGAAGGAAUGAAGUUUAUCCAAAUGAUGUUACAUUUGUUGGACUAAUUCAUGCCAUAGCAACCAAUAAUUUGGUUCAAGAAGGUCAAAUGGUACAUGGGUUUUGUAUAAAGACUAGCUUUUUGUCAGAGUUGAAUGUUGCUAAUAGCUUCAUUACCACGUAUGCCAAGUCUGAGUCCAUGAAAGACUCAAGGAAAGUAUUUGGGGAGCUCGACCACAGAGAAAUUGUAUCGUGGAAUGCUUUGAUAUCAGGGUAUGCUCAAAAUGGAAUGUCUCAAGAAGCGUUGCAGUCAUUUUUGUCAGCAAUUAUGGAAUCACAGCCUGACCAAUACACAUUUGGCAGUGUCUUGAAUGCAGUUGGAGCUGCUGAGUCUAUUUCUUUAAGGCAUGGCCAGAGGUGCCAUUCUUAUUUAAUAAAGCUUGGAAUGAACACUGACCCCAUUGUUUCAGGCGCUCUCCUUGACAUGUAUGCAAAGCGUGGGAGCAUUUGUGAAUCUGAGAGAGUUUUCGGUGAGAUAUCAGAAAGAAGCCAGGUAGCUUGGACAGCAAUAAUCUCUGCACAUGCAAGGCAUGGAGACUAUGAAUCAGUAAUGAGUUUGUUUAAAGAGAUGGAGAGGAAAGAUGUCAAACCUGACUCAAUCACAUUUCUUUCUGUUCUAACAGCUUGUGGUCGAAAGGGGAUGGUGGAUAUGGGGCGUGAGAUCUUCUACUCAAUGGUUGAAAAACAUAUAAUUGAACCAGCCGCAGAGCAUUAUUCUUGUAUGGUAGAUAUGUUGGGCCGGUCUGGGAGGUUAAAAGAGGCAGAGGACUUUGUGGCUCAGAUUCCUGGAGGACCAGGAUUGUCUGUGCUGCAGAGUUUACUUGGAGCUUGUAGGAUACAUGGUAACGUGGAGAUGGGUAUGAGGGUGGCCAAUGCUUUGAUGGAGAUGGAACCUGAGGAGUCAGGUUCCUAUGUGCUGAUGUCAAACUUGUACGCUGAAAAGGAGCAGUGGGGAAAGGUGGCCAAAAUAAGAAAAGAGAUGAGAGAUAGGAGAGUAACGAAGGAAGUAGGAUUUAGUUGGGCAGAUGUGGGUGACAUUAAUGAUUCAUUAUCUUUGCAUGGGUUCUCAUCAGAUGAUAAGUCUCACCCACAGUAUGAGGAGAUAUACAAGAUGGCAGAAUGGAUAGGAACAGAAAUGAAAUUUUUAGAGAGAGGGCGACAGAACAGUUGUAAAAUUUGACCUGAUGAGACAGGAAUAUGUGGAGCUAUCAAUAUGAAGGACACUGUCUUUCUGUCAAAGGAAGCUCUACAUUGAGCAUUUCCAAUGUCCAUCCUCUAUUCAGCCAUUUUGGGUUAUGAAGAUAUGAAAGUCUUUCUCUCUUAAGAAAGGAGAGUUGUGCCACAGCAGCAGGACAAC